CGCUGUCAGUUUUGAGAGUGACAACAACGUAAAGCGCAGCUCGCAGCGACUGAGCAUCGCUUUGCAAACCAAAACCACAAGAGUAAACAUCUCUGACCUGUGGAUUGCUCGUGUUUUCUUCAGAACUUGUCUGGAUUAUGGAGGUUUAAUUCUGUGCGUAAAAGGGGACAUUUGGACGCGAUGGAUUUUAUUCGUUUUGGAGCAUUUGGUCUAUGCUUAACAGAAAGUGUCACUACGUUGGAAGCGAGAGGAGAGUCUUUUCUUAGUGUAAAGCAGUGAAAACGUCCCAGCAGGCAUGAACUCCACGGCACCAGAGGCGAGUAAACUGCUCAUCCCGGCGAGUAUGUUCAUUGUCGGGGUGGUGGGGAAUGUCAUCGCUAUAGUGGUUCUGCGGAUUUCUCGGAAGGAACAGAAGGAGACGACUUUUUACACACUCGUGUGUGGCCUGGCAGUGACUGACCUCCUGGGCACCCUGCUGGCCAGUCCGGUCACCAUCGCCACCUACGUAAAGGGCAAGUGGCCGGGAGGUCAGCCGCUGUGCCAGUACUCCGGCUUCAUCCUGCUCUUCUUCUUCGUGGUCCAGCUCAGCAUUUUGUUUGCAAUGUCAGUGGAGAGAUACUUGGCAAUAAACCAUGCGUAUUUCUACAACGAGUACGUCAACCAGAAACUCGCUGCUCUGACUCUUUUGGUCAUUUACAUUUCCAACCUCAUGUUUUGCGCGCUGCCCAGCCUGGGGCUCGGACAGGUGACGCAGCAGAGACCGGGGACCUGGUGUUUCAUAGACUGGCACAACAACCAAACCAGAGUCGAGACUUUUAACUUGAUGUACGCGGGUGUGAACUCAGUGAUCGUGCUGGCCACCGUCAUAUGCAACGUGAUGGUGUGCGGGGCUCUGAUCCUGAUGCACAAGCGGUUCAUCCGCCGCACUUCUUUGGGCACGGACCAGCGGCGCAUCGCGGAGCUCAGGCGCAGAAGAAGCUUCAGACGAUUAGCUGGAGCAGAGAUCCAGAUGGUGAUCCUGCUGAUAGCUACCUCCGUUGUGGUUCUCAUCUGCUCCAUACCUUUAGUGUGGAGGAUCUUUGCAAAUCAGCUGUCCAGAAACCAGGCAGAAGAAUCAUCUGGGUUGAAUAAAGACCUUCUGGCCAUCCGCAUGGCCUCUGUCAACCCCAUCUUAGACCCUUGGAUCUACAUCCUACUCAGAAAGACAGUGGUCCUCAAGCUGAUGGAGAAAAUCAAGUGUCUGUUCUGCAAAAUGGGCGGGCGGGGACGGAGGAACGGUGGGCACUUUCGCUGUGCCGACGGCCGCCUCUCCUCCUCCAUCAUCUCACGAGAUUCCCCCUCGCUGGUGUCACGUGAGCUGCAGGAAAUGGUGAGCACCUCACAGACCUUCCUGUACCCCUCUGAGGUAAACAGCAGGAGGUCAUUUCAGUUGGGGACACAGAGCGGCUCCAGUCCGCCAGAUGCACAGACGUUACAGGGCCCCAAGGAGGUGGAGGCGCCUCUGAGGGGGCUUUUGCAGACUGAUUUAGGUGACAGAGCACCAGACAGGCCAGUGAAAGAGCUUCCAAUGUGCCCCAAGGACCCGACUCUACAUGUGACUUUUACGGACGAGACGGCAAACAUACAAGAGAGAUGCAUAUAGCAUGAUCUCGAAAUAAUAUGAACAGAAGAAGGGAACUGCAAAGACAUGCUAAUAGCUGAAAAGCAUCUUAAGACUGAACAACAUUAACCUGUAGAUAUCUUGUGGACUGCUAUUUGACAGAUGUUUUACUGAACUAAAUAUCCACUAUCAAUGUAUUACUCCUCAGUCAUAACUUUCCACUAACACCAUAUCACUAAAUACACUUAAAUUAAUACAAUCACAAGUAGUUAUAUCAACAAUACCAUAGAGAACAACGUGACAUUGUAGAGGAGCUCUUUUCUUGCACUUUUUGUAUUAUAAAAACCACUGCGAGGCUGUUUUAACAUCCUGCAUGAUGACUGUAAAGAUUUAAAGGGAUAGUUUGGAUUUUUUUGAAGGAGGGUUAUAUGAGGUAAUUUAUCCGGCGGUCAGCACACGCCCCAGUUUGGAGAAGCAAAUAGGUGGACUGGCACGGAAGCAAAUCAAUGUACUGCUGUGCACUGAUGAAGCAGGAAAACAUAUUUCAGACACCUACAACAAAGUUUAAUAAUUUAAGUGUAUCCUCUAUUUUGAAUAUUUGCACCGCAUUGGCUAGCCAUCAGAGAGCCCUUUCUGACAGGAUUCCGAAGCUGUUAUAUCCAUCUGUGCUCUCUUCAAAGCCACCAGACUCCUUUGACAAAAAUAGAAAUUUUACCUCACAGAGCACAUGAGUUGCUGGUCUGCCGCUGCCUCAUUCAAUUAGUUUGUGAUUUUGGUGAAUCCAGACAAACCCUUCAAAACCUUUGAAAUGAAAGCUUCUGGGACAGUCAUGUGAUGCCCAAAAGACGUCUGUAGAUCAAAUAUCUCUUGGGUCGUUUCACAUUGUGAGAUGUCUGUAGAUCAAAAUCUGGUGGCUUCAAAGAGAACAUAGAUAACGGCUGUUGCAAAGGGCCAUUUGAUGCAAAAGAAGGAGUCAACGUAAACUGAUUUUUGCAAGUAGAGCCUUUUUUUUAAUAGGUGUUUUACUGCUGCCCUUGUCCACAGCAGUACUUUUUUUUUAUUGACUAUGGCAAACUACCUCAUACAACCCCAACUCCAAAAAAUCAGAACAACCCCUUUAAUGUUAAAAUGUGAAAAGUGUUCUGUGAUGUUAAUUUAUUUUAUGUAUGAAAUUGUACGUUAUUGUCUUCUCUGUGAGAAGGUCCAGAUAGUUUGGAGCCAUUUUAAAUCGGUACAAGAUGAAUAUGUUCGAUUUUCUUUUCUU